AUGAACGGCAAGACUGGAUGCAGGCUGCAGGUCGUCGAUUUCCUCAAGCAGCUGCUCAACAGCGGCAGUGCGCUCGCGCUGCGCGCGGGCACAGAGGCAGAGCUCACCAACGCCCUGGCCGACGCCUGCAAGGGCGCAGGCGAGGGCGUCGAUGCCGCAAUGCAGGCGGCUGGCAUCGAUCAACCGCCGUCGCUGAGCGCAGCGGAGCGCGUUGUGCUCACAAGUGGCGGAAGCGCCACGGCCGGCAUCGGGGCGCUCGCCGUGACGUGGGGGCGCGGCCUUAUUGACGCCGCCACAGCUGUCGCGGCGCUGAGCUGCGAGGCGUAUGGCGCGGCCACUAAGCCGUUUGACGCGGAUGUGAUGGAGGCGGGCGGCCACAAGGCGGCGGCCGCGGCGGCGGACCAGCUGCGUGGCCUGUUGGACGGCUCCAAGUGCACGGGCACCCGCAAGGGCGCCACCCAGCAGCAGCUAACCCUCUUCUCGGGCCUCCCGCAGCUACUGGGCUCCGCCAGCGACGCGCUGUCUGCGGCCUAUGCGGCGGUGCGCGCCGAGAUCCAGAGCGGCGCCCUCGCGCCGGUCAAGGGCGGCGCCCCAGCCGGCGCGAGCCCCCUCCUGGCCUCCACGCUGGCAGACAGCGCCCGGGCCUUGCUGGCCCUCGCCUCUGCCAGCCUAGCGCGCGCACAGCUGCUGGCGGAGGCAGCGGUGCCCAGCCCUGUGGCCGCGCUGCAGCAGCUUGCCAACUCCGCAGCAGGGGGCCCGCUCGCUGCUGCACGCUCCCGCCUGGUGGCCGUGAGCUCUGCGCUUCUUGAUGCAGCUGUGUCCCCAGUGGCGGCAGGGGAGGGAACGGCUGGGCAGCAGGGCCCUUUCGCAGCGCUCGCAGCAGACGCGGCAAUCGCUGUGGCAGUGGAGGCCAUAGCUGUUGAGGCCUUGGCUGCCCUGGCAGCCCUGCGCAUCCAGCAGGGGCCUGAGCCCGCAGACGGAGCAGUGGUGGAGGCUGAGCAGCCAGGCGGGAGUGACAAGGCGGCUGUCAAGAAGAAGGCCAAGAAAGGGGCGGCGGCUGGGCCCGUGCCAGGCAAGGGCACGGCCAUCGCACGUGCAGCCCUCGAGGCCACGGCCGCUGGCGACGGGUCAGCGGUGCUGCCGCUAGCAGAGGGUGGUGGCGGCCUGGCAGAGUCGUUUGAAGCUGGGGCGGCGGCUGUUCGGCUGGCGGGUGUCCUGGAUCCCCGGGGUGGCGGCCUGGGGCGGCUGCUGGAGGAGCUGCGCGCUGUGGUGGAGGCCAACCAGGCCCGCCGCAAGCCCAAAGUGGCCAAAGGGGCGCGCGACUUCCUGCCAGACCAGAUGGCCAUCAGGGAGGCGGCCUUUGGCUCUAUCGCAGCUGUGUUCAAGCGCCACGGCGCCGUCAGCAUCGACACCCCGGUGUUUGAGCUGCGGGAGACGCUGACCGGCAAGUAUGGGGAGGACUCCAAGCUCAUCUACGACCUCGCAGACCAGGGUGGCGAGCUGCUGAGCCUGCGCUACGACCUCACGGUGCCCUUUGCGCGCUACGUGGCCGUCAACCAGGUCGGCAACAUCAAGCGCUACCACAUAGGCAAGGUCUACCGCCGCGACCAGCCGCAGAUGAACAGGGGACGCUUCAGGGAGUUUUUCCAGUGCGACUUUGACAUCGCCGGGGCCUACCCCGCCAUGGUGCCUGAUUCCGAGGUGCUCAAGGUGGUGGUGGAGAUCCUGGAUGACCUGGCCCUGGGCGACUACGAGAUCAAGAUCAACCACAGGGCCCUGCUGGACGCGAUGCUCGCAAUUGCAGGCGUCCCCCCCCAGAAGUUCCGCGCCAUCUGCUCAGCUAUCGACAAGUUGGACAAGGAGCCCUGGGAGGCGGUGCGGCGCGAGAUGACGGAGGACAAGGGGCUGCCGGGGGACGUGGCGGACACCAUCGGCCAGUUUGUCGUGCUCAGGGGCGAGCCCAAGGAGCUGCUGGCCAGGCUGACGGCGCCUGACCACGCGCUGGCGCAGCACCCUGCCAGCGCGGCGGCCCUGGCCGAGAUGGGCCUCCUGUUUGGCUACCUGGACGCGAUGGGGGCGCUGCACCGCCUGGUGUUUGACCUGAGCCUGGCGCGCGGCCUGGACUACUACACGGGCGUCAUCUACGAGGCCGUGCUGCUCGGGUCCAACGUCGGGUCCAUCGCCGCGGGUGGCCGUUAUGACCGGCUGGUGGGCAUGUUCAGCGGCAAGGACGUCCCGGCGGUGGGCGUGAGCAUCGGCAUUGAGCGCGUCUUUGCCAUCAUGGAGGGCCAGCUCAGGGCGCGCGCAGCGGAGCAGGGCGCGGCCAUUCGCGCCACGGAGACGCAGGUGCUGGUGGCUUCCAUUGGCAACGGGCUGCAGGCCAAGCGCAUGGAGCUGGCAAGCAAGCUGUGGGCUGCGGGCGUCAAGGCUGAAUUUGGUUUCAAGCCCAACCCUAAAAUGGGGGACCAGCUGGGCUACGCGCUGGAGCAGGGCGUGCCCCUCAUGGUGCUGUUUGGCGACGACGAGCUGGCGCGGGGCGUGGUCAAGGUGAAGGACAUGGCCGCCAAGACAGAGGAGGUGGUGGCGCUGGACAGCGUGGCGGAGCACCUGGCGCGGCGCGUCAAGGAGCUGCCCUCCGGGCUGGCACUCGUGGCCGGCGGCGCGGGCAGCGCGCAACAGCAGCAGCAACCGCAGCAGCCAACUCCGGCCCAAGGAGCUGCGGAACAUACAACUGGCACGCCGCUUCAGACGCCUGUGGUGGAGGGAGGCUCGUUUGGCUUUGCAGUGUCGACCGACGAGACUGGUGCCACCAUUGCUGUGGGGCAGCCAGAUGCGGAGGGCGGGCAGGGGCUGAUGUACGCCUACAACCAGGUGGCCCUCUGCGCCUACCAGUCCUACGACCUGCCCAUCCCCACGCCCGCUCAGCUAGCGGCGGCCGGCGUGGACGCGGCAGCGGCGCCGCCGGGCACAAUGGGCAUGAUGACGGCGAUGUCACGUGAUGGCCGGUGGCUGGCAGUUGCCGGAGCCCUGGAAGCCAGCAACACAAUGGCUCAGGUGUACAUAUACCGGCGGCAGAGCAACGACAGCACCGGCGGAUUUCUGUUCCAUCAAAAGCUCGCGCUGCAGCCAGCGCCCCCGCAGGGCAGCGGCGGGUCUGGUCGAGUGUACGCGGGCAGCCUGUCGCUGUCGCGCGAGGGCCGGCUGGUGCUGGUGUCUUGGAGCGUGUACGGCCAGGGCCUCAGCGGAGAAUCAGAGGACCCCUACGGUGCACCCUCGCUGGGGGUGCAGGGCAGCGCGCAGCUGUACCGCCGCAACGACGCCGGCCACUACUCGCGUGCCCAGGCAGACCUUUCACGCCUUGCGCCCCCAUACGCCAAGACGCAAUUUUUUGGAGCCAACAGCUACGUGGUGGGGGACGGCAAUGUCAUCGCCAUCAGCACACGCGUGAUCGAUAAGGCGCGGGCCGGCGCGGGCUCCCCCGCGAUUGUGAUCUUCCGCCGCACUGCGUCCGGCUCUUUUGAGCUGCUCACGACACUUAAGACCCCUGGGUCUGACGGUACGUUUGUGAUGGCGGAAAGCGGCAGCCACCUCGCUGUCGUGCGCGGCAGUGACGUGCACGUGUACGUGCGGGAGGGCGACCUCUCUGCCGGGAAGACGGUCUACAACAAGCGCUGCACCCUGGUGGGGGAGGACAUGAACCUUGAGCCCACUUAUACACGCAUGGCCAUCACUGUGGCAAACAACGACACCCUGCGCCUCGCUGUCAGCAACUCCUUAGACUCUGUGUUUCUGUGGAGCAUCCCUCUGGGAGGCAAGCGCGCCUACAAGGAUGGCGGCUGCCCUGCGACCCUCGACCGCACCCUGACCGGCGAGGCAGGCAGCCAGUUUGGGGCAGCACUGGCGAUGGCGGAAAACGGCCGCACACUGGUUGUCGGAAUCCCUGGCAGCGCAAAGGCCCCCGACGCCACGGUGCUGGUGGUGGACAUCUCAGCACCAAAGGCACCAGCCCCAGCCCCAAAGCCAGGCCAGCCAACGGGGCCGGCUGGGCUGAUGUUCAACCCUAGGGCCAGCAGUAUCGCCCUGGACAAUUCUUAUUUCCAGCAAAAUCCAAGCACGGUGCUUGUUUCUGCACGCCGUGGCAAUGUCGGGGUGCCAGCCCCUCAGCCAUUUGACCUCAACUCGUGGGCCAAGGGCAGCCCGGGUGGUGCGCCCUACAACCCAAACCUGGGCUACUCGAUUGCCCCAAACAACCCGUACAUUUCAGGCGGCAAGCCCAUCCAGGCCAGCGGGGCGCUCAGCUUGCUGUCCGCCCUUGGCGGCCUCGGCCUGUCCACCGCCGCGCUGCGCCCAGCCAGCCUUUCGGCGGGGCACUAG